AUGACCAUCACCUCGUUGCGAACUCUCGUCGCACAGGUUCCAAGCUGGCAGAACCGACUCGACGAGCUGGUGGCUGAAAUUACCACGCGACAAGACGAAUUAUCCAAAAUCGAACGUGACAAUGCACACGACCCCACCGCACCGACCCGGCCGGAACCCGAUAGCAAGGCCUUGGCCGACACUCCAACAUCCGCACUACAAGCCCCAGACAACAUGAAUAUUGAUCCGACCCCCUCAGCGGGUAUCCGCCAGCAAACUGCACACUCCAUCGGCGGCAAUGGUCCGCCGACGAAGAAGAAGAAGCUCGGGCCGGUCUACUUUGACGGCAACAUGCAAAAGUUCUUCGAGGAGCUGGUUCAAUUCCUCGCCGUCAGCCGGAACAUGAUGCGCAAGGCUAAGAUGGCUGCCCGCGUCGCCCAGAUCAAGAAAAUGGCAGAGGUCCAAGUCAAUGAUGAGUUCGGUGACGGCGUGUCGGAUCAACCUACAUUACGCUACGUCAGUGCUCGUAGACUGGACUCGCUUGGUCCGGCACGUGAGCCCGACGUCUUUGACGCUCUUGACAAGAACCUCGAAACCCUGCAGACCACCAGCGAGCUGGCCGCCUUCCAGUUUCUGCGGGAGGCGUCCUACAGCAAGCACAUGGAGACCAUCAAGAAGAUUCUCGGCGACGCCCUGGAUACUGCGACGGCUGAGCUGGCCCGUCUCACGCGUGACGAGCCUGACAUGGCCCGCGAGGCCGACACCGCCGUCAGCCGCAUCAAGCGGCCACGGAGCAUGCGCAAUGAGCUCCUCGCUGGCACCGAGCCUGUCGAGACCUCCAACAAACGGCAGAACACGGGCCAUCUCACGCCUUCGGGUAGUCCACCCUCUAUUGGGCACAUGGAGGUCGAUCUCGCUGCCCUGCAAAGCGACGAGCCGAUUUCCGCCCAAGUCAUUCACUUAUCGACAAACGUGCGCGCCUAG